UUCCCGCCAUGUUGCUCACUCUCGGUCGAGUCUGCUGGUUUCUCUGUCGCGUUGACCCCUACUUUCUCAGAGGGUGGUGGAGUCGUCGGAGGGAUUGGCUCUCUUUCCCAUCAUACGCAAUCCUUUGCUCUGCUUCACCUGGAUUCCUCCUCCUUCCUUUCUCUCCCUCUCCUCUGCUCCUCACUUCAUUCUCCCGAUUGUUUCUUCCCCCCCUUUUCCUUCGAUCUCGUUCCCGAUCCCCCUCAGUUUGUGGUCCCCACAUCCAUGUCAGCAGUCUACCAGGGCGAGACGGACAGCGACUAUACGCCCCAGGCCUCUGCUUCUCACUGAACUUAAAACCCCAAUCAUGACUGGCAAGCGGGAAGUGCGAGCGCAGGUGUUGAGUGAAGAGUGAGUGAGAGAAUGAUAGGUGGCUGGCCUGGGCGUUCUCUCAACUAAUUGAAGCUGCAUAGGCGAGGUUGUCAACUUAUACAUAUUAUCUAUGUAGAAGUUAUAGGCUAGACUGAGGUAUGCUUCUAGUGAGUACAACCAACUAGUAUUUGUUCUAGGUUUCCACCUCUAGUAA